AUGAAGAUGAAUGGCGUUUCAGAUGACGGUUCGGAAUGUCACUUCCGGUACCGCCAUCUCGAUGAUGUUAUUGAGAGUGAUCAGACUCAUCAGAAGCGGGCGAUAUUGGAGGCCCCGCUCCGCUACGAUCACCUCGAAAAAGAACAGAGGGAAACAGUAGGAAAGUUGUUGAUGGGUGGUCUGCCUGUGGCUGACAUCCCCAAACUCUCUCCGAAAACUGUCAGGCUUUACGUCAGUUCCGCCGGAUAUGAUACGGAGGCUGAGAGGACAGCGUUCAUGCUGCACGUGUAUCCUGAUCUGCGCGAAUAUUGCCGAGAUCAGUAUGGUGUCGACUUCCAGGCUGUUGACCUGAAGUGGGGAGCUAACACAGAAGGUAUGGUUCCCAUGCCAACUGAAAAUAUCUGUCUUCGUGAAAUUCGUCAUUGCCGGCAAACCUCCAUGGGACCAGUCUUCUUGGGGUUGGUUGGUCAAAAGCACAGACGUUAUCUUCCUCCUGAAGAGAUACCCGGGUCAGAGUUCGAGAGAAUCUACGAGGCUUUGGUCAACAACGGCCAUGACGUCACUCUGUUGGAGACGUACUACAGAGAGGAUAGAAACGUCACACCAGUAUUACGUCGUUUAACCGACCCUGUCGACGUCAUGGGAUGUACCAUCCCUGCCAGCGCCGACACUUUGGCUAGGUUACAACAUUUACUAACGACCGGGGCAGAUCUGUGUCUUAAGGAAAAAUCAAUCAACGAGACAGCCUAUCAGAAAUACCAAGCUUCAGAUUUACACAUGGAAGGGCUUUACGAACUGUCAUCUGAAUGCAGAGCAGAUAAAAGCUUGAUUUAUAUUAGGAAUUUCAGCAAUACGGACAAGAUAAUGAAAGACACUGCCAAUAGCGAAUACAUAGAUAUUGAUCCGAUCACCAAUGAAGUUGAUACUGCAAGUGUACAGGAACUUGAUGACCUCAAAUCAACAUUGAAAUAUCUUCUUCCUAGUGCUAAUAUUACUGAAACUGAAAUCGAAUGGACAGGAAAUGGUUUGAAAAAUCCAAAACGGGAGCAAUAUCUGCAAACUUUAUCUAGAAAAAUGUUCACCUCUGUGAAAACGCUAGUCGACAGAGCAAUGGAGAAACGGGACCCUUUAGUAGAAGAUGAACUUUACAACGAAGUGUUACAACACUAUAAUAUUGCAACUAAAAUGUGUCCUAACUUUCAUGGUCGCACGGAUAUCCUAGCUGCCGUCAAAGAGUAUUUGCUGUCGGAAACAGACCAGCCUUUAAUCAUCACCGGCGAAGCUGGGAGUGGAAAGUCAUCAGUCAUGGCAAAAAUCGCCUUAGACAUCAACGUUGCGAUACAGAACAACGAUCUAGCUAUGAGAACAUCCAUCAUCUGUAGAUUUUUAGGGAAAACUCAGAAGACGCUGUCAGCUCAGCAGUUGUUAUUCUCUGUGUGUCACCAACUUGCUUUCGCCAUGGGGAAAUAUCGUCAUGAAGUCCCUAGUGAUUAUAAGACGUUAAAGCUCUAUUUUAUUGAUCUACUUCAACGUGGCGAGUUUGGGGGUAUGAUCAUUAUUCUGUUAGAUUCGUUGGACGUUUUGUCUACAUGUGAUAAUGGACACAAACUGGAAUGGCUCCCUUCUCGUGUAGCAGCCAACAUUAAAAUUGUUGUCACCACAAGUAUGGAAAGCAAGGACACCUUACAACGUUUAACAAAUAAAUGUCCCACAAAUAUCUACGAACUAACACCAUUCAGUUCCACGGACUGUGAGGAUAUCGUCAAACUCCUGAUGAAUGCCCGCGAACUCGCAGUGACGUACGACCAAUGGAAAACAAUAAAGGAUGCCUUUAAAGAGUCUACACUGCCAUUGUAUGUCACAUUGGUCUCCAGUGAGGUUUGUCGAUGGAGGUCGUUCGAUGACCCAAAUAACACACUCUUGGGAUCUUGUGUCGAGGAGAUCGUGGAGUCCAUGUUAGAUCGACUGGAGCAGAAGCAUGGUCUAACUCUUGUAUCCACAGUGUUAGGCUAUAUCACGGCUUCGAAGGCAGGACUUAGUGAGAACGAACUUCUCGAUAUACUUUCAGUCGACGAUGUGCUCUUAAGUAAUUUAUACGUAGAAUGGCACCCACCUAUUAGACGAUUCCUUCCGAGGCUAUUCAGUGUCAUCAAACACGAACUAGACGGCUAUAUCGAAGAACGAGAGAUGGAUGGCAUUUUAGUCAUGUUUUGGAAAUGUCCCUUAUUUUCAUGUGUGGCAGAAAACCGCUAUCUCAGCGACGAGAAAUUCUCAAAGCAGCUUCAUUCAAACAUUGCUGAUUACUACAUGGGGAAGUGGAGUGGAGCAAGGAAAAAACCAUUCCACUAUCCAUCGGUGAUCUUGACGAAACGGAAUAUUGCCAACUCCGAGAGUGAAGCGUGUCGAUUACUCCCAAAGCAACCUCACUUAUUUGGGACGUCAGAAGUGGAUGAACGAUACAAUCAUCGUAAGAUGACACAGCUUCCAUACAGUUUAAUGAAGAGCGAACGAUAUGACGACCUUCGCGAACAAACUUUCUGCAACUUCGAUCAUUUGUAUUACCGCAUCAAGUCAUCUUCGUUGCAACAGCUGUUGACAGACAUCGACAUGUUUGAGGACAGACAGACAGCGUUGGUUGGUGAUGCUCUAAGAAUGUCAGGAUCAGCCCUGGAGAUGGAUUUAAACGCGUUAGGAGUUGAGUUAAGUGGACGACUGAUUCCACACAUCAAGACCUAUCCGUACAUCAAACAGCUUAUACGUCAAUGCGACCUUGCAGAACAGAGGUUAUGUCCAUUGGUGCCCAAAUGUCAGAUAUACAGUGCCCCGGGUGGUCCGCUGCAGUACGAAUGCGACGUAGGCGGAAACGUGUAUUGUCCAGUAGAUAUCGAUGUAUUCUCAAGCGAGGAUGGCAUUCUGUUGACGGCGAAACCUUAUUACAGCUCAAGGGUUAGGGUGUGGGAAUUAUCGCGAGGUGAUCCACGCCCAGACAUGAUGAUGCCAGUAGGAGAAAUUCACCCAACAAGAAACGGCAAAUACCUGAACGUUUUCCAAAACGAUCGCUCAGUCAAAAUCUUUAAGUCAGACUGUGGGGAAUUGCACGGAAAAGUUGAAUAUGGACUUGGUACCAUGUCUGACCUGGAAGUGUCCAACAAGUAUCUGGUGUUUGCAAUAGAAAAAGGAGCAGGUCCAUACGUCAUUGAUCUGACAAGGUGCGUCCUUCUGCACAAGUUCAGCUUCCAUACGCACGCGGUUGCAAUCAAUCCUAAUGAUACUCAUUUAACAUUUAACUCCGGGAGAACGUUGAUACUGUAUGAAUUACCUCUUAUGGAGAGACGAUGCGUGGCACAAACAAGUGACGUCCCACAGGAUAUUAUCUUUAUCAGUAAGUCUCUCACAUGUUUUGUCCUCACCCGGAGCAAGAUGGUUGAAUCUGUAUUCUUUGAUAUUUUCAAUAGGAAAUACAAAACUAACUGUAUUCUUACGGAUCUUGAGACAAAAGAGUGCAUUCUUUCACACACCGAGAAAUACUUACUGGUGCGAUCUGCAAAAUGCUUGCACCAAGUGAAUGUUGAUACGGAGAAGAUCAUCAGAAAGUAUCAACAACUCCCAAACGGAAUAUUUGUUGAUCCAUUGUCUCAAUACACUGGAGCUGGAUUUACACCUGAUGAUGAACUUAUAGUGGCAUCACGUUACACGUAUCUUGCAGUUUGGUGCGCCCAUAAUGGCGAGCCACUUCGUGUUCUUCAGGCGUCUGUGUCUCCCAUCACAAAGAUGUUCACAUCAGAAGCGGUGAACAAGUGCGUCAGUCUUCUGGAAGAUAAUUCGUUUCAGGUUUGGAAUUUAGACAACUUAGAUUCAGACAUUCUCCAUUCCAACGAGGUUUUUCCAGGCCCUGUGAUAGGUUUAGCCGUCUCAUCUGAAUCUGGACAGGUAGUGGCAUAUGAAAGUCGAGUGCCUGAGGCGAAGGUGAUGAGCAUGGACGACGGUCGAGUAACAGAUAUUAUUCAACAUAGUCUAGAAUCAGAAGACCAAAUCAAAGAAGUAUCAUUUUCACCAAACGGUCGGUACAUACUCACCCGUGCAUAUCGAACACCAGACCAAGAUGAUGACAAUGCUGAGUGGAAGACUUUAAGAGAUGACAUUCUCUGGGACAUGGCAGCCAACAGGAAGGUAUAUCACCUUCAGAAUAAUAGGUUUGUAGUUUUCAGUAAGAACAGCCAGCUAUGUUUGAUGACCGCUUGUCACAAAUAUUCACAAUUCGACUGGACAGAAAACGUCUACAACCUUGUCCUUCUUCAACCAGACUCGGGCAGCAGUGCAUCUCUUGACUUUCCAAAAAACACGGAAUUUGUUUCUGAUCCAAAAAUUCUAACCACAGAUAUGACCAACUAUUUCAUGUGUGUCGUGCAGACCUGUAUGAAGAAAGAGAGUCCGGAAUCUUUUAUGGAGUCGGUUCGCUGGCAUGAAAUACGCCUUCUUGUCAGAGAUCUCUCAAAUGAUGGGAAUGAGUGUAUAUUCCUAAGAGUUCAGAAUGCUUUACCGGACGCAAACGAAACAUCACAGUUUCUUGACGCUUUUCCCGUUGAGAAUGACAAUGUCUUUCUCAUUUAUGGAAAUAAUGUGGAGAGCUACACGUUCGACGCCACGUUGGGUAUUGUCAGACCACAGACCAUUGAAAAGGGAGCAUUGCUAUACAACGUUGAGAAAGAGGUUUGUCUCAAACAUAUUCCAUCUUUCCUUGAACCAACCACCGACAUUAACCACAUACAAUUUUCUUCCAAGUUUAGCGUUGUUCUCGAUGAUAAGACGAACGUUUACAGCGGGAGUAAUUACAUGACAAAAUGUCGGUCAGAAACGGAGUUCGCUCCAAACACUGCACGCUUGGCAUUGGAUGGAAGAUAUGUUGUUGGACUUUCAUCCAAUUACAGGGAAGUUAUUGUGACACGUUCUUAUGAUGGGUUUUUGAAAGGUCACAUGUUCGUGCAUGGACGGGCAACUUGUUUAACUGUAGGUGCUGAUGAUACAACAGUGGUUGUUGGGUGUGAGGAUGGGCGAAUUUUGGUCCUUUGUCUUAUCUUAGAACUUUCUGACCCAGUUAAAGAUUUGAUUGAACGCUUUCCUAGUCGACAACACGUACCAGAUUCGAGCAGAUCUUGCGAAAAGCAUCUCAUUAAAGAGGAUAUCCGACGGAUGACGUGUAAGACUCCGGACCUGGUGAGAUUGUCAGCACGCAUACAGAGCGCCAGGACAGAGAACAGACGACCUCCUUCACGGCAAAUGAUAUCCACCGCGGUGAGGUUAACGAGGCAAACUAGUCAAGCGAGGUCUGAAGCCUGUGUCCUUCAGUAG